AACCUCGCCAUUGGAUUGAAAAUCCUUUGUAGGUCAUAGAUAGUCCAUUGUUAUUAGUCUAUCAAUGAUCAUUUAUGGGAUAUUAAUUAAUUAAAGAAUAUUAUUUUGACGGACGAGUGCGCAUGCGCAUCAGCACUGCACCGCGUCAUAUUUUGGCAAUAGUAAACAGCUGUGAGCUUCUGCUCCAUUUUUUGGACCAUUGGCUAUGCUUUUAAUGUUCGAUCGAGUGUUUUUGUAGGAAAAAAAGACUGAAUAACAUAUCCCCAGUUGGGGCAUUAACGGAUUUGGAAUGUGCGGUUGAUUUUUCCGCCCAUCUUUUGUCCUAUGACAUUCAAUAAAAUCGAGGGGAAUUAAAGGAAUUGAUACACGAUUAGUCUCAGUUAACAAUUUACUUACCAUGGAGGAGACAAUGAAGAAGUAUAGACGAGAUUUCCUGCAGCAAAGACAAGCAUACAUCGUUUACAACCCUGGAUGAAUACUAAAAGUAAUUUUCGAAUUCCUAUUUCAGACGACUGGAACAUCAUUAAGUCUCCUGUCUUUGGGAAGAAGGUCAUAUUAUCACUUCCUCAGAGGAUCCUAAGUGUUGACCUCUCAAGUUAUUCUGAAUUAUUUAAGGGUAACUUUGGAAGUCCAAUUUCUAAAAAAUUGUCUCUGAAAAUCACACUGAAAUCACUCAAAAUCGCCCAAAACGUAAAUACGUGCAAGAGCCUCAGAAAAGUUUCCUGUCGAAGGAGAUCGUGUUCAGGUUCAUGUGUGGUGACAACAACCCCCAAUUUUCAUCUCUUCAUUGAUCUUCCCCAAGGAUCUCCACAAUCUUCUAUUGGUGCCAUUCCCAAAUCUAUCCAACGAGAAUUCGAUUAUCGCGGGAAUAAUUGCUUACACUGAAGACAGAUACGUUGGAUAUUGUUGGACAUUAGCAAAUUGGCUAUUAUAUGAUGGCCACUCUACUGCGGUUCAGACUGUAUCCGGGUCUGCGAAGAUUCAACCAAAAGGUUUUAUCUACGUUGUCAGGGAAUUGCAGCCUACAAAAUAACUUUGAUGUAGUUACUUUUGACCUUCAAUGGAAAAAUAAAAAAUGGGGCGCUAACUUUUGCUUGAAAAAAUUUUUAAUUGAUAAAAAAAUAAAUAUUGCCUAUCAAAGCAAAUUGAUCGAAUAUCAAUGGUCUUCAAGGGACCUUCAAAGGGCCCGAAUGUAGAAACGCCCGUGCUUUCCUUUCCCCAAAUUUUGAGGCACAUAAUUCAAGAAUGUGGUGAAGAAAGUUUCCUGUUAUCAAUAAUUAU